AUGGUAUCAAGACUCUUUACAUCUACAACAACAUCAACAUCAUCAUCGACUACAGGUGAUGUUCAUCGUUUACUGCGGCACUUGGUAACUGGUUGUCAGAGAUACACUACUUCAUCAACUUCAUCAUCAUCACCAUUUGGAUUGGCAACAUCACAAUCAUACAAUGUACCAUUGGAGAGUCAUUCAACAACUCAAUCACUGUUUGGAAGCAACAACAACAAGACGAGACAUUAUGUCACUGUGAAGCAAUCACAACCUAACCUUGCCAAGGCCAAGGCUAUUGAGGAUGUGUAUCAGAAGAAGACACCGACUGAACACGUACUACUUCGUCCAGACAGUUACAUUGGAACUAUUCAAACGAUUGAGGAUGAUAUGUGGGUACUUUCUCGCUCGGCUCUGGUUCACGACAAACCUGCAGCGGGCAAGAAGGAGAAAGAGAAAGAGACACCUUUAUUCAUACAUUCAAUCAAGGCCAAGUACAUACCUGGUCUACUAAAGAUAUUCGAUGAGAUAUUGGUCAAUGCCGCCGACAACAAACAACGCGACAAGUCAAUGACCUACAUCAAGGUGGAGAUUGACCCCGUGGCAGGAUCGAUCAGCAUCGAGAACGAUGGCAAGGGCAUACCCGUGGCCAUGCAUCGCACUGAGAACGUCUACGUUGUCGAGAUGGUCAUGGGCAACCUGAUGAGUGGCUCCAACUUUAACGACAGCGAGCUCAAGGUGGUUGGCGGCAGGAAUGGCUUUGGCGCCAAGCUGACAAACAUCUUCUCCACGCAGUUCGAGGUGGAGACCUACGACAAGUCCAACGGACUAAAGUAUCGCCAGCGUUGGAUGAACAAUAUGAGUGUACGAGAGGACCCCACCAUCAGCAAGGCCAAGCUCGACCACGAGUACACUCGCAUCAAGUUCACACCCGACCUCAAGAAGUUCCAUCUCACCUCGCUCAAGGACGACGACAUCCUGCGCCUGAUGGAGAGACGUGUGUAUGAUAUCGCCGGCUGCAACCCAGACCUCAAGAUCUCGCUCAACGGUCGUCCGAUCCAGCUCAACUUCCAGUCGUACGUCAAGCUGUACGAGCAUCAUCUGAGCAAGCAGCAGGAGAAGAACAAGGACAAUGAGCAAGACAACUUUGUGUUUGGCGAGAUUGGCGAUCGAUGGAGUAUUGGCAUUGGCACGAGCGACACAGGCCAGUUCACGCAGGUCAGUUUUGUUAAUGGCAUCAACACGCUCAAGGGUGGCGCACACGUCAACUUCAUCGCCGACCAGCUGAUCAGAUACAUUGCUGAGCGCAUCAAGAAGAAGCAUGCCGACCUCGAGGUGCGUCCCAUGAACAUUAAGCACCACCUCUCGCUGUUUGUCAACUGUCUGAUUGACAACCCGUCGUUUGACUCGCAGACCAAGGAGACGCUGACCACCAAGGCAAUCAACUUUGGAUCGACGCCCGAGGUGCCUGAGAAGAUGCUCGAGCAAUUUGUUCGCCAGAGCAAGAUCAUUGACAAGAUUGCCGGCUGGGUGUUGAUGCGUCAGCAGGCCGAGCUAGUGCACGCGUCCACCACGAGGACGUCCAAGUCCACGCUGGCCAAGUCCAUUCCAAAGCUUGACGAUGCAAACUGGGCCGGUGGUGCCAAGAGCAACCAAUGCACACUGAUCAUCACAGAGGGUGAUUCUGCCAAGUCUCUGGCCGUCGCAGGUCUCAGCGUUCUUGGUCGUGACAAAUAUGGAGUGUUCCCCUUGCGUGGCAAGCUUUUGAACGUUCGCGAUGUCGCCCCAAGACAGCUACUCAACAACGAAGAGAUCAACAACUUGACCAACAUCCUAGGUCUCUCGCACAAGAUGAAGUAUGACAAUGAGCAAAACAUCUCACAGCUUAGGUAUGGCAAGGUGUUGCUGAUGACUGAUCAGGAUAGCGAUGGAUCACAUAUCAAGGGCCUGUUCAUCAACUUUAUUCAUUAUUUCUGGCCAGAGUUGCUCAAGGCCAACUUCUUGGAGGAGUUUGUUACACCAAUUAUCAAGGCGAGCAAGCGCGAUGAGAAGAAGGCAUUCUUCACAAUCAGUGAUUACAUCAACUGGUCAAAGACACUGCCCGAGAACACACUGAGGAGUUGGACGAUCAAAUACUACAAAGGUCUGGGUACCAACACUGCUGCCGAGGCCAAAGAGUACUUCUCCAACCUCAAGAAGCAUAUCAUCAAGUUCCGCUGGUCCCCAGAGUCGGACAAGCUCAUUGGAAUGGCAUUUAACAAGGACGCUGCCAGUGAGCGACAGGGCUGGCUGAUGUCAUCCGACGUGACACAGACUGUGGAUCACUCAAUCAAGGAGCUCUCAUACUCGGACUUUAUCAACAAGGAGCUGAUCCAUUUCAGUUGGGCAGCCAAUCACAGAUCAAUCCCCUCAAUCAUGGACGGACUCAAGACUGGCCAGCGCAAGAUCCUCUACGCCUGUUUCAAGAGGAAGCUCACCAGUGAGAUCAAGGUGGCACAGCUCUCGGGCUACGUUGCCGAACACACUGCCUAUCACCAUGGCGAGCAAUCUCUCUCGUCCACCAUUGUCAAGAUGGCGCAGGACUUUGUCGGCAGCAACAACAUCCCGCUGUUGACACAGGGCGGUCAGUUUGGUACGCGUCUUCAGGGUGGUGACGACUCGGCCAGCCCAAGGUACAUUUUCACAAGGCUCAGUCCUCUCACGCGACUCAUCUUCAAUGAGUUGGAUGAUGAGACUCUGAACUAUCUCGAGGAGGACGGCGAGUCAAUCCAGCCAGCGCACUAUGCUCCCAUCAUUCCAAUGUUGCUUGUUAAUGGCAGCAGUGGAAUCGGUGUUGGUAUGUCCAACUCUGUACCCCUAUACUCGCCCAUCGACAUCAUAGAUUACCUGCUCCUCAAGCUCGCCAAUCAAAAGCACAUGAAGAGUUUGAUACCUUGGUAUCGCGGAUUCAAGGGCUCAGUGACCCAUCAUCAGAAUUCAUACAAGACUUGUGGUGUCAUCAAGCCUGAAGGCAGGAGCAUAUUGAUCAUCAGCGAUCUGCCAGUUGGCAAAUGGACAACUGACUACAAACAGGUGUUGACCACAUUGAUAGAGGAGGACGUGAUCAAGUCGUACACCGAUGGAAACACAGAGAACACUGUUCACUUCACCAUCAGUGUCAGUUACGAGCAGAUGGAGUCAUUGCAAAAGAUGACAGAGAAUGAGUUGAUAUCAAUGUUCAAGUUGACAUCACUUGUUCAUCCCAAUCUGGUGCUGUUUGGUGCCGAUGGCCACAUCAAGAAGUAUGACACCGUGGAGCAGAUCAUUGAUGACUUCUAUACAGUGCGUCUGGAGUUGUACGCCAAGCGCAGGACUAUCAUGAUGGAGAAGCUCAAGACACAGAUUGACAAGCACAAGGUCACCAGCAACUUUAUCCAGUUGAUCGCAUCUGGUCGCAUCAAGAUUGGUGGCGUCAGCAAGGACAAGAUUAUGAAGGAUCUGGACGCCGUAGGAUUCAAGCUGGAGGCGAAUCAGGACCACGAAGCAACCUUCAACUAUCUGUUCAACCUGCCAAUUCUUGAGAUGACCCAGGAGAAGAUCGAAUCACUCACCAACCAAUACAAGAAGAAGGAGGAAGAGUACCGAGUGAUCCAAGCUCAGACCCCUAACUCAAUGUGGACAGGCGAUCUACAACACUUGCGCGACACACUCCUCAAAGACAGCAGCUACAAGAGAGUAUUGCCAGCCAGUAUCCCGUCACCUGACGCCCCCAAGAAAAAGAGGGUCAGCAAGACGUCUGUAGUGUCCAAGUCUGCUGAUGAAGUUGAUGAAUAA